UGUCGCGUUUAAUUCACUCAGCGCAAAAAUCGCGUGCGGACGUUCAGAAAACGCGGCGAAUCGUGAAACGUGAAACGGAACAAUUUUGCUAAGCCACGCCGUAAAAAUUCGCAACGCGUUGCUGCGUCCUGCCCCGAAAACCAAAUACACACACACACACAUAGUCGAGAUGGCUUUGGUGCCAGCCACGAACAACAGCACGGACUGGGAUUAUUGGGAUUAUCGUCGUCGCUUGUGGCGCGAUUGGGAUCUGACCGCCGACUGGGAUCUGCCCUAUUGGAAGCGUUUGUCACGCGUCGGCUCAGCGCCAGAUCUUAGCCGCGUUGUCGUUGGCAAGGAUGGCUUCGAGGCCAACGUGGAUGUGCAUCAGUUCAAGCCAUAUGAGAUUACCGUCAAGACCACCGGCGACACCGUCGUCGUCGAGGCCAAGCACGAGAAGCGACGAGAUGGCGACACCUUCGUGGGCCGCCACAUUGUCAAGAGAUUCGUGCUGCCGCGCGGCUACUAUCCCAAUGAUGUGCGCUCCGAGCUCUCCUCCGAUGGCAUACUCACCGUGCGCUGUCCGCCGUAUCUGAGCAACGAGCGCAGCGUCUAUGUGCGCCAAGUGGGACCCUCGUACCUGAGCAUUAAGAACUAACACACACAUACACACACACACACAUACACACAUACAUUAACAGGAUGUUUGAGCAGUUGUUUUGUUUUUGGUUUCUGUUGGCGGCACUGCCUUGCGCAAAGCAUCCGAAAAUGGCACUCGAGACGAAUUUUGUUUACAAAUUAAUUUAAUUAAUUUAAGAUACAUUUUCACAAGCG